UAUUCGCUUUGUUUAGAGUGUCCUAUCAUUGUUAGUCUUAAGCCAAGGAAAAGGUUUGUAAGAUUCUGAGAAAGGAGAAAAGCUCAUAUAGCUAGCUGAGAGAGAAAGAAGUAAAAUAGCCUUUUGAUUUCUGUAUUUUUCUCUCAUAGUGAUCAAUAUUUGCGUGUGGGAAGAAAAUGGGGAGGGGGAGAGUGGAGCUGAAGAGAAUUGAGAACAAGAUCAACAGGCAGGUGACCUUCGCUAAGCGAAGGAACGGACUUUUGAAGAAAGCCCACGAGCUUUCCGUGCUUUGCGAUGCAGAGGUUGCUCUCAUCAUCUUCUCCAAUAGAGGAAAGCUGUGCGAGUUUUGCAGCAGCCCAAGCAUGCUCAAAACGCUAGAGAGGUACCAGAAAUGCAACUAUGGAGCACCAGAGCCAAAUGUGUCCGCGAGGGAGGCCUUGGAGUUGAGUAGUCAGCAGGAAUACUUGAAGCUAAAGGCACGUUAUGAAUCCCUACAAAGAACCCAGAGGAAUCUUAUGGGAGAAGAUCUUGGCCCUUUAAGCAGCAAAGAGCUCGAAUCACUCGAAAGGCAGCUUGAUAUGUCACUGAAGCAGAUCAGAUCGAUACGGACACAAUACAUGCUGGAUGAGCUCACUGAUCUUCAACGCAAGGAACACAUGCUUAAUGAAGCAAAUAGGACACUGAAACAAAGGUUGGAGGAAGGAUACCACAUGGACACACUCCAACUAGAUAUUCAAAGUGCCAACGAUGUGGGUUAUGGCCGACAGCCUGCUCAAACUCAGGAUGAUUGCUUCUUUCAUCCCUUAUGUGAACCCACGUUGCAAAUUGGAUAUCAGCAUGAUCAUCCUAUGACAGUCGUCACAGCAGGAUCAGGAUCAAUCGUCACAGCGGGACCAAGCGUGAAUAACUACAUCUCAGGGUGGAUGCCAUGAUAAGAGAAGGGCAUGCAUGGUCAGACAUGGUACAUGCAUUCCUUCCAUAAGAAUUAGUAUAUUCAUCUUCUUUAUGCUGUUGGAUGAAAAGUGACAUAUGUAUAACAGUACUAUGGAACUAUCUUUUAAUUGUAUGCAUAUAUUUGUGUGUGCUCAAGCACUGCGCUUGCCGCUUCUUUCUUUUAGCAGUUGCA